CUAGAACAAGGUGCUGUCGUAUACUCGAUAUUUCUAUAGUAAACGAGCCGUAGAAAGCAAGUCACUCUCCCAGCCAUGAGUUUUAUGAAUUCCAUGAAUUGUAUAGAGAAUGCUGCUCCAAGCAGAGUACGACAUUCAUCAUGAUCCUCUCAGAUCAACAGCUCAACACCCUCGCCGUGGUUGGCCGUGCCUCCUCGGCACUGUCAAUCCUCGGCGUCGCAACAAUUAUCAUCACGUUCAGUUUUUCGAAGAACUUCCGCAACCCCAUGCACCGAUUGAUUUUCAUCAAUGCCUUUUAUAAUUUGUUCGAUUUCAUCGCCACUAUGAUCUCGGUAAGCGGGCCAAAUGCUGGGGAUGAGUCUGCCUUGUGCCGUUUUCAGGCCUUUUCACUACAGAUGUUUCCAUUAGCAGAUGUGUUUUGGACCCUUGCAAUGGCUUACGACGUCUUUCUUAUUGUUUUCUACCAUUAUGAUGCUGAAGACCUGCGAAGACUUGAAUUUAAAUUCAUUACGAUCAUCACAGCCCUAGUCUUCAUUCCUGCAUUGAUCUUCCUCUUCAUCCGUACACCGGCAAAAGGCCCUAUGUAUGGAAGUGAAACAAUUUGGUGCUCCAUAUCUCCUCAAUGGGUGGUUUUCCGGAUUCUUUUCUACUAUGGACCAGUCUGGCUACUGAUCGCAUUUGCAAUGAUCCUCUACUGUCUCGUCGGCAUUCGAGUCUUCAAGCUACGACAGAAUCUCAACAUUGGACGAGCGGACCACAUCCAACUAUCAUCCAAAACCUCCAUCGAGAACCACUCAAACACGAAAACAUCUAGCACCCUCCAAGACGAUGAGAUAAGCAUCCAUACUACCUCCGAGCACACUAUUGAAUCCCCAAAGUCUCCUAUCACGCCUCCUCCCACCUCCCGGAUACAUCCCCGACCCAAUCAUCACCAGUCAGGAGUCUCGUUUCGGCACUAUGUGUUGAUGCCGUUGAUAUUCUUCCUUGUUAUGCUAUCAACUUGGGUGGCGCCUACAAUAAACCGGGUUCAGGCGUUUAUUCGUCAUGAUCAAACAUCAUAUCCACUCCUUGUGGCAGUGGUUGCGACGGGGUCGCUAAGGGGGUUUUGGAAUGGGAUUAUUUUUAUUACUAUUGGAAUGAAAGGACGUAGACGGAGUGGGAGGCUAGCUAAUCAUAUUACUUCAAUCACUUGA